AUGCUACAUCUAGUUCGGCUAUCACAAAAAGAAAGCUUUUCGCAAGAGAUAGCAAAUCUGUCCAGUGGGACUCAAAUUAAAGAUUCCUCCGCAAUAUCGCCAUUGAAUCCUAUGCUGCAGGGUGGAAUACUUCGCGUUGGUGGCCGGCUCCGGAACGCUGCUGUAUCCGAGAAUCGGAAGCAUCCAAUGAUCAUCGACCAUCGUCAUCCUCUCGCUUCGCUGGUAAUCCGCUACUAUCAUUUGAAGAUGCUUCACUCCGGACAACAAGUUAUCAUUGCUAGCACCAGAGAAAGGUUUUGGAUCCCGAACAUACGUAAACUGGUACGGAAGGUCUUGCACGAAUGUGUCACCUGUUUCCGUAUCAAACCCAGAUGCCAUGCGCAAUUAAUGGCAGAACUCCGUCAGAAAGACGUCGGAGACGUUGCUGUAUUUGUGUGCCUCGUUGUGAAGGCAAUCCACGUCGAGCUUGUCGCAGAUCUCACCACGGAGGCAUUCCUGGCGGCACUUAAACGUUUCUCUGCUCGUCGAGACCGUCCGGCUUUCAUAAUGUGCGACAAUGCAGAGAACUUCGUCGGGACCAAGCGUGAACUUCGUCGACUGUUAAAUCUUUUCGAGCAGGAGCAGUUUCAGAACUCUGUGGCAUGCAAUGCCGCAGCUGAGGGUUUUGAAUUUAAAGGGUCUCCAGCAAGGUCUCCAAACUUCGGUGGUCUCUGGGAAGCAGCCGUGAAGAGCUUCAAGACCACUUUCAAAAAGGUCAUCGGAACGCGAACGUUGCAGUACGACGAGAUGCAGACAGUUCUCACUCAGAUUGAGGCAGUGUUGAACUCUAGACCGCUUACUCCAAUCAGUAAUGAUCCUGGAGACUUCGAAGCCCUUACUCCAGGACACUUCCUGGUGCAACGUCCGUUGACAGCUAUCGCUGAACCUUGUUUGGAAAACAUUCCAACAAACCGUCUUUCCAUUUGGCAGCGAGCUCAAGCAUAUUCUCAGCAAAUCUGGAAGAAGUGGAUCACACUGUACCUUUCCGACCUGCAUAAUCGGACGAAGUGGACAAGGCUACGAGACAACAUAGCUGUUGGAACAAUGGUUCUAUUGAUGGACGAGCGGCUUCCGCCGCUGAAAUGGAACCUCGGUCGAGUCACCGAAGUGUUCCGAGGCUCUGAUGACAACAUUCGCGUGGUAGACGUACAGACUAGCAGUGGGGUAUAUCGUAGAGCAAUCUCGAAGAUUUGCAUACUUCCGAUAAGGGACAACGCAAAUUCUUCGAACGAUGAGACAUAA